CUGUACUUACUUAGUUUCCAACAUGGCGACCGACGGGACGCAGAAAUCUGCUUUUGGCUAAAACCUUACGGAAUACCGCAGCAUUUGGACCACCUACAAGCUAUUCAUCCACCAGAAAACAGUAUAUGCACCGUGAUUAGUAUUUGUUCUUAUAUAUUAAUUGUUUCCACGAACAACUGUGAGAUGUAUCGACGCGGAGCGGCAAAGAAAGACCACAACAACAAACCUGUGAAGAAGGAUGUGAGUGACAGUGAUAAAUACGCCGACCUCUUGGUGUUCGGCUAUGCCUGUAAACUAUUCGGGGACGACGAAAGGGCUCAUUACCACGAACGUGGAAGUCAUCUUAUCCCAUGGAUGGGGGACAAGAGCAUCAUGAUUGAUAGGUCGGUUGAACAAACUUAGACCGAAACAUUAUGCUAACCAUCUAUCCUGUCCGUUAGCCUGUUCCCAAAUUCAAGGGACCACAUGGAGUUUCUCUUGCAGCAGCUUGGGAAUUACUGCAACUGACAUCAAAUGUGUUACUUCCUGCUUUCUUCUUGUUAAAGUGUUUAUGAAUGUCUUGAAUUGAAUACGAAUGGUAUCUGAACUUUCUCUGAAAACAUGCUAAGAUACAAUCCCCCAUCACUUUGCUAACAUUAGCCAUGUUGCUGAGCCAACAAUGAACACAGAGUUAGUUAAUUUAGUUUGCACAGCAGCGUGAAUUACUGCAGCCUAAUUUGACACGAAUACAGACAUACAGACAACCUCUAGACAACAAAGACUAAACAUUACAAACCACAGAGAUGUGUCUGAUUUGGCUGCAUUAGUCUGUGCUGUGUGCCAUGCUGAGGAAAACAACAACACAUGUUUGAAGUCUUAACUAUCAGACUGCAUGGGUUAGCCUUAAGGUGGGGUUUGCAUCUUGGCAUGUUGGAAGAAUUUCCUCUGGAAACUGUUUCCCAGUUCAUAAUCUCUUAAUGGGAGUCAAGUGGUGGUAUGACUCAGAACAAAUUCUCAUCUCAUCUGUCUUUUUCAAAUUGAGUUUUGGCUCAGAUAUCAAAAACCCUAUCUGCACAAAACAAAUGACACACUGUGCUGAUAUCCACAAUACCAGAGCAAAUUCUAACCACCACUAAAGUUACUGCAGUUAAGUUGAUUCAAAAUAUCACAAUGUCAAAUACAUACAUUCCUAAAUAAAUUCAGCACAACAUUUCAAGGGACAGCAAUGUGUCUCCAAAGUGUUGGUGCAGGCGGUGGUGUGAAGUGUAUCUCCACCUCCAUAUAGAAAAAGUACUCCUUUAACCUGAAAACAUGGUAUCAGUUGUUCUUUUGAUUCUUCUUCUUCUGCAGUGGCCCAACUUGUGAUUCAUCUGUACAGCCUUUGUAUGUGUGUCUUUAUCACAUGACCCAGUUUUUUCCCACAGCAAGGUAGGCUAAGGGGUCCUGCCAAACCCCGAAUGCCCACCACUGCGCCCCAUUUCUUUGUCUUCAUGAAGAAACUGGAACUGAGAGGUGGCGUAGAGGGACGAACCUCGGAAAAUGUCGUCCAUUUGGGUUCUUACGGAUAGAUACGAUGGGCGCGGUCACUUACAUGACCUUUCUGAGUAUGACAGUGGGUCAUGGAAUACAUCCUACCAGCUUUCAGAGGAAGAGGACAGGAUUGAGGCACUCUGCGAUGAGGAGAGAUACCUGGCUCUGCACACCGACCUGCUGGAAGAGGAGGCCAGACAAGAGGAGGAGUACAAACGUCUGAGUGAAGCUCUGGCCGAUGAAGGCACCUACAACGCAGUGGCCUUCAAAUACAGCGCGGACUACUACGACCCGUCUCAGCCCACAGAGGAGGAGGAAGCCAACAGGGAACAUGAAGACACAGAGCCGGAGGAGAGUGAGGAGCCGUUUGUCGCUCCCCCAGGCCUCGCUAUCCCUCCUGAUGUGGAACUUCCAGCAACCAUCAAGACCCACAACAUCAUCGAAAAGACGGCCAACUUUGUGUGUCAGCAGGGGGCUCAGUUUGAAAUAGUCCUGAAAGCAAAGCAGUCUGGAAACUCCCAGUUUGACUUUCUCCGCUUUGACCAUUACUUGAACCCCUAUUACAAACACAUCCUGCGAGCCAUGAAGGAAGGUCGAUACAAGCUUACCUCCGCUGGCAAGCAAGAGCAGGCACAGGAUUCCAACUCUGAUGAUUCAGACGAUGACGGCGAUGGCAGUUACCUUCAUCCCAGCCUGUUUGCCCCUAAAAGAUGCUCUCGCCUGGAGGAGCUGGUAAAGCCUCUGAAGGUAUUAGACCCAGACCAUCCUCUGGCAGCACUUGUACGAAAAGCCAAAAUGGAGAGAAACGGCACUGCAGUAGUGGAACCCAAACCAGAGGAAGUGGCAGAACCUCCUGCACCCACUACUCAAGUGCAGUACAGUGCAGACCCCAUGUAUUACGGGUACUACAUGCUCCCUGAUGGGACAUUCUGCUUAGCUCCACCUCCCCCUGGGAUAGAAGCCACCUCCUAUUAUAACACUAUGCCCUCAGCUGUUACAGCGACCCCGGCAUCUUCUGCUGCUUUGCCUAAUGUAGGAGCUGCGUCUGCAUCCACCCCACCUGAAAGUGUAGCAACGGCACCAGCAGCUACUGCCCCUGCUCAGGUCAGCAGCCCUGCUGCUCCUGCUGUGGUAGUAGAAAGCAGCCUGAAAGCCGAACCUCAAGCUUCCGCACCAGCAGCCAUCAUUCCCCCACCGCCAGACAUCCAGCCAGUCAUAGACAAGCUGGCCGAGUAUGUCGCUAGGAACGGGCUUAAGUUUGAGGCCAGUGUCCGUGCCAAGAAUGAUCCACGAUUCGACUUUCUGCAGUCUUGGCAUCAAUACAACACCUAUUACGAGUUUAAGAAGAAUUACUUCAUGAACAAGGGAGGAAAAGGAUUUCCAGAGGAUCCGGAGGAAGACGAUGAGUCGCUUGACUCAGACCUGUCACUCACAGACUCCAAGUUGUCAAAAGCCUCUUUUGCCCCAAUCAGCUUUGCCAUCAAGGCAAAGGAAAACGACAUGCUGCCGCUGGAGAAGAACAGAGUUCGAUUGGACGACGAUUCAGAUGAGGACAAGUUGCUGGACGAGGGCGGACUGGAAGCUUUGAUGGACGGGGCUGGGAUUCUUGAAAAGGAACUUCUCCCUUUCAUCACACCUGAAGAGAAAAAACCCUCCCUAAGCUUGGAGGAGUUAGAAGCAAAACAAGCCAAGCAGAAACUGGAGGAUCGCCUUGCAGCUGCUGCCAGGGAGAAGCUGGCCCAGGCGUCUAAGGAGUCCAAGGAGAAACAGCUACAGGCGGAGAGGAAGAGGAAAGCAGCACUCUUCCUCCAGACUCUCCGAACCCCCUUACCGGGAGAGACCGACGCCAAGAGAGCUGAGCUAGAUUCAUCCGCACAGCUAGAGAUCCAAGAAGCCCUGUCUCUUCUGUGUGACCCUACACCUCCUCAAGUGUCCUCUGCACCACUCACUCACCCUCAGGAUCAAAGACCCACCAUGGAGCACCAAGGAUCCCAUCGCAGCAAAGAGGCCCCAUCCUCCUCCUCAUCAUCCUCCCACACUACCUCCAGAGGAACAGCCAGAGACAGGGACAGAGAGAGAGACCGGGACAGAGAAAGAGACCGGGACAGGGAGAGAGACAGGGAGAGGGAGAGGGAGAGGGAAAGAGAAAGGGAAAGGGAAAGGGAGAAGGACAGAGAAAGAGAAAGAGAAAGAGAGAGAGACAGAGACAGAGACAAGGACAGGAGCAAAGCGAAGGACAAAGACAAGAAGAGGAAAAAACACAAGAGGAGGUCAAGAUCAAGGUCACGGUCGAAGAACAAACACUCCCUUCCCAGUGCCUACAGGAGAUCCCGCAAGUCCCGAUCCCGCUCGCGCUCCCCAGGGAGGAGGGACAGAAGGGGGCCCUCGACGGAGAGGAGACGUGAGGAGAGGGAGCGGGAGCGCUAUCAUCCCAGCAGCAGCUCUGGUCUUCCCAGGGGGCAUUCGAGAUCCAGGUCCCCUCCAGAAAAAAGGAAGAGCUCUUUGUCAUCCUCAGGACAGAUGCAAACCGCGUCCCCGUACUCCUCCCCGAGCAGAGUUUUGUCCCCAUCAGCAAGCCCCGCCUCCAGCCUGGGUCUCUCCAGGGGAGGAUCCCAGGAGAAAGACAGGGCUGUGUCCUCAUCCAUAGUAUCCUCUGUUCAGUCCAAAAUAACUCAGGAUCUGAUGGCCAAAGUGCGAGCCAUGCUUGCCACCUCCAAAACCUUCCAACCUCCCAACUCCUAAUGAAGCCCUCCCUUUCUCCAAGCCGCAUCAUCCUUGGCCAAUCAGCGAGCAGCAUUCUGUUUUAUCACCCAGUAUUUAUCAUGAUUUUAAGUCAUCUUGAUUUGAGUAUUUGAGCAGUUUGUAGGCAACAUGUUUUUUUUUUGUUUUGCCUUCUGCAGCACUUUUAAAGUAAUGCAAAGGCAUUCACUGAGCUGAAUAUCUUGUUUAAACACCUGACAUGAGAAACAGCUCCUCCGCUGGAAGAUCAUGUCAUAAGCUGACAUGUUUUCGUUCAGGAAGAAUCAAAUGUGAAAAUGAUCCGUAUGUAUUUUCCAUCCCAGUUUUAGAACACAUUUCUCACAUGUUUUGACAGUCAUUCUUUGCAGCAUUACCUGAAGCUGCUGGAGGUCUGUAUUUGCUCCUUCUAUGAAGGGUUGUGUUGUUUUGAUCAUCUCACUUCUCUCACCUCCUUCACUAUUUUCCACUGUUCUUUCCCCUCUUUUCCCACCCCUGUUUUUUUUUUUCUCCCCUGCACCUCAACCGUCUUUAUCAGAAGCUGUUUUGAUUUUCUUCUGUGUCCUUUAGCGCUGUUGUGUGCCUUCAUUUUUUGGGUUUGUAAUGUAUGUAACUACAUGCAGAAACACUUUGUUACCCAAAAUGUCAAUAAAGUUUUGUUUAUGACUUA